AUGAAUUCUUUACCACCAGACCAAGAUCGAACAACAACGCCCAAAAAGAAUAAUGCACCAUUAUCACGACUUUCGCCUUACAACAAAUACACGCCAAGACGCGCAAGGAUGGCUUUGAUACGUGAUAAACAAAUUUCGCGCAUGGCAUCUCGCAAGGCAAAAGGCAAAAGCAAAGAAACCACUGAGCAGGAGGAGAAAGAAGAGGAACACGCAAGUGACUCGGAACUCAUAGUGGAAGAGAAAGUAAAAAUACCGUCUCCUAUGAAGAGACAACUCGCGAAGAAAAAGUCUCCAAAGAAAAUACUUCAUGUUGUUCCGCAUAAUCAACACGGUGUAUUAAUGCCAAGAAUUGGACCUAAUGGUGGUCGAAGUUACAAGAGUCCCAGACGUCAUGUUAUUACUAGAAUUGAUCCAAAGUACAGUAUGACAUCACAGCAAUUAAGUGAUUAUUUACAAUAUCAAAUUGCCGUACAAAGUAUUAAGAAAAGGGAACAAAAAAAUGCUAAACGAGGAAGCUUGGUCACUAGGGAGCAACAAAUUGAAACAAACAGAUAUUCACCUUAUCUACCUGUUGAAAAAACCAUUAAUAAAAAACCCGAAAGUCAAGAUGAUUUCUGGACGAAUGAUAAUGGUGGGCCUGGUGAGAAGACUAUCACCAAAGAACCCGAGAAUCAAGAUGAUUUCUGGACAAGCGAUAGCGGUGUGACUAGUAAGAAAACCAGCACGAUAACGCCCGAGAGUCAAGAUGAUUUCUGGAUGAAUGAUAGUGGUGGUUCUAGUAAGAAGACCAAUAACACAACACCUGAAAAUCAAGAUGAUUUCUGGAUGAGCGAUAAUGGGCCUAGCCCAAUCAGAAAUCAAUCAUUCUUUCAAAAGCUGACUGCUAGUAAUGACAAUGAUGAUGAAGAGAGAGUAAUUAACUAA